CGCAUUCACUGAUUGUCAACAUGUAAGAUGGCGACCCAUCACAGACAGAACGCUGCUGGACGGAGAAAAGUCCAGGAAAGUGUCGCCAAAUAUAGCGUCCGUGAUAUUUACAAAACGAAACAUUUUCACCCUUGCAAGAAGUACUAUGGUGUGACCACAAUACAGUGAUGAUAUGUAACGCAGCGGCGUUCAGUCAGUUUUAAGCGUUUCCACAUGCUUUUUUGGGCCACGGUUUCCUACGUGAUUAGAGACGAGGUGGAGAAGUUUAAUCGUAACGGUGUGAACGCUCUUCAGCUGGAUCCUGCUCUCAACAGACUCUUCACAGCCGGCCGAGAUUCCAUCAUCAGGAUAUGGAGUGUCAAUCAACACAAACAGGAUCCUUACAUUGCUUCAAUGGAGCAUCACACGGACUGGGUGAAUGACAUCAUCCUCUGUUGUAAUGGAAAAACACUGAUAUCUGCCUCCUCGGACACCACCGUGAAAGUCUGGAAUGCACACAAAGGCUUCUGCAUGUCCACGCUACGGACACACAAGGACUACGUCAAAGCUUUAGCAUAUGCAAAGGACAAGGAGCUGGUGGCAUCGGCCGGACUGGACAGACAGAUCUUCCUAUGGGAUGUGAACACACUGACAGCUCUCACCGCCUCCAAUAACACAGUCACCACAUCCUCGCUGAGUGGAAACAAGGACUCCAUCUACAGUCUGGCCAUGAACCAGACAGGAACUGUGAUCAUCUCAGGAUCUACGGAGAAGGUUUUGAGGGUCUGGGAUCCACGGACAUGUGCUAAACUAAUGAAGCUGAAAGGCCACACUGACAAUGUCAAAUCUUUAUUGUUAAACAGAGACGGCACUCAGUGUCUAUCUGGUAGCUCGGACGGAACGAUACGCUUGUGGUCUCUCGGUCAGCAGCGGUGCAUCGCCACAUACCGGGUCCACGAUGAGGGUGUGUGGGCGCUUCAGGUGAACGAGGCCUUCACGCACAUCUACUCCGGCGGACGUGACCGAAAAAUCUACUGCACAGAUCUGCGUAACCCUGACUUACGUGUGCUCAUAUGUGAGGAGAAAGCUCCCGUCCUGAAGAUGGAAUUGGACAAAUCAGCUGAUCCUCCUCAAGCUAUUUGGGUGUCAACAACUAAAUCGUUUGUAAACAAAUGGUCUCUGAAGGGCAUGCAUAACUUCAGAGCGUCUGGAGAAUACGACAACGACUGCAGCGCCCCUCUAACUCCACUGUGUACUCAGCCAGAGCAGGUCAUCAAAGGAGGCACCAGCAUUGUUCAGUGUCAUAUUCUCAAUGACAAGAGGCACAUACUGACUAAAGACUCUAAUAACAGUGUGGCAUUCUGGGAUGUCCUCAAGGCAUGUAAGGGGGAAGACCUGGGAAAAGUGGACUUUGAUGAAGAAAUUAAAAAGAGGUUCAAGAUGGUCUAUGUACCGAACUGGUUUUCUGUAGAUCUCAAAACAGGGAUGCUGACCAUCACGCUGGAUGAAAGUGAUUGUUUUGCAGCGUGGGUGGCAGCUAAAGAUGCUGGUUUUACAAGCCCAGACGGCUCUGAUCCAAAGUUGAAUCUGGGUGGGCUGCUCCUCCAGGCGCUGUUAGAGUUUUGGCCCAGAACUCAUAUAAACCCAAUGGAAGAGGAGGAAAGUGAACUCAACCACGUAAACGGUGAACAGGAGAGUCGAAUUCAAAAGGGCAACGGCUACUUCCAGGUUCCUCCACACACUCCUGUCAUCUUUGGUGAAGCUGGAGGAAGAACAUUAUUUAGGUUAUUGUGCCGUGACUCUGGAGGAGAGACAGAGUCCAUGUUACUGAAUGAAACCGUACCUCAGUGGGUAAUUGAUAUCACCGUAGAUAAAAACAUGCCAAAAUUCAACAAGAUCCCAUUCUACCUCCAACCUCAUUCAUCAUCUGGGGCCAAAACACUCAAAAAGGACCGUCUGUCUGCUAGCGACAUGCUUCAGGUGCGGAAAGUGAUGGAGCACGUCUACGAGAAGAUCAUCAACCUCGACACAGAGUCACAGACCACCAGCUCCUCGGCCAAUGACAAGCCGGGAGAGCAGGAGAAAGAGGAAGACGUGGCGGUGAUAGCCGAAGAGAAGAUUGAGCUUAUGUGUUUAGAUCAGGUUUUGGAUCCAAACAUGGACCUCAGGACUGUAAAGCAUUUCAUCUGGAAGAGCGGUGGAGACCUCACCCUCCAUUACCGACAGAAAUCCACGUGAGCCCUUCUGACCACUGUACAGACCCCAAUCACCUUCAACCCGCAUCGCUUUGACUUCCAGAAGAAGCGUCCCAGAAUGCCAAUGCUUGGGAUUAAUGACCGAGCCAGCAGAAAGAUCUGACCGAGCGCGGAAGGUUAAAGACUGACUGCAGAGCGAUGCAGUUGUUGUGACGUUCUGUGAACUACGACUUCAAUAUAAGUCUGCCUUUAUUGCAAUGAUUAUAUAUUUUUUGUAUAUUUCAUAAUGUCUUGUCCAUUUUAACACGAGUCAUGAUGACGAUGAUGCACACGAGUACUUCCGUUCUCAGACAUUCCAGAGGCUUUCAUCCAGAUCCAAAUCAGUUAGUCUUUGAAGCUGUCCGUUUUGCUUUUUUUCACCCAAGUAAACAAUGUACUUUUUUUCUAGAUUUAAUGUCGUUAUAAUUUAUUUUAAGAUGUUUUUUGUACAAGAAAUCAAAACUGUCCGACAAGGAACAUGAAGUCAGCAAGGAAAAUUUUAAUGUGCAGUUGCAUAAUUUACUGCGUAAGUUUAAUGUGUAUUUCUCAUCUGAUUGUUAGUUGGUUUCUGAGCGUUACCGUCAUCUUACCAUAACUUCUGAGAAAUGUCUCUGACCUUGUCAACUAACUGACAUUUUUUGUGAAUAAAAGUUGAAACAGUU